CCUGCAGGUGAGCCAUGCAUGCUACUCAGGAGGAUACUUUGGAGUCACUACCUGUGCAUGCUUUUGCUUAGCAUUUGCCCAUGGGAGAGAUCACUUGCCUGUCGAUGCUGUUGCUGCAGCUAAGGAUUUGGACCUGAAUGCUUGCAGGGAUCAGAAUGAAGAAUGGCCACUGAACCCAACAGACUUGAGAACACAAAUCUUUGAAACAGGACAUCCUUGAAAUUGGUUGAGCCAUGGAUGGGCUGUGCUUAAUUCACAAGAAGAGGCAGAUGUCAGUAUUCUUACCCAGGAGGCACCAAACAGAGGGUGGCAAUAAAAAGUAAUAGCAACCUUGCCAGAAAAGAACUUCAUUGGAAAUGCAUAUGUGCAAUACUAUAAGACCAGAUCCAGGAUCAUCCCAUGCCUUGAUGUAUCGAGCUUCAGGAAAAGAUUCGAGAGGCAACCGCUAUUUGGUGUCUUCAUUAGGUAAAGAUUGCCUUUAAGGAAAACAUGGAUUUCCUAAAUUUUACUGAACAGAAUAAUACAUUGAAACAAAAUGAUACAUCAGAAGAACUUCCUAUGUCCAAGAUUCUGGUUUCUUUUACACUUUCUGUGCUGGCAGUAAUGACAACUGUCAUCAACUCUCUGGUGAUGACUGCAAUCAUUGUGACCCGGAAGCUUCAUCAUCCUGCCAACUAUUUAAUCUGCUCCUUGGCAGUCACUGAUUUCCUGGUUGCCAUCCUGGUGAUGCCCUUCAGUAUUGUCUAUAUUGUGAAAGAGACCUGGAUCAUGGGUCAGGUGAUGUGCGACAUUUGGCUCAGCGUAGACAUCACCUGCUGUACCUGUUCCAUCCUACAUCUGUCAGCAAUUGCCUUGGAUCGCUACCGGGCAAUCACAGAUGCUGUGGAAUAUGCCAGGAAGCGGACACCAAAACAUGCCGGCAUCAUGAUUGCAAUUGUGUGGAUCAUUUCCAUCUUUAUCUCAAUGCCACCACUCUUUUGGCGGCAUCAGGCAGCCAGCAGGGAUGAUGAAUGCAUCAUUAAGCACGAUCACAUUGCUUUCACCAUUUAUUCCACAUUUGGAGCCUUUUACAUCCCACUGGCAUUGAUUCUGAUCCUUUACUACAAAAUAUACAAGGCAGCCAAGACUUUUCACAGAAGAAGUGUCAGCCGGGUUCUCAAAGAGGAGGUCAAUGGACAAGGUCUCUUGGAAGCAGGUGAAAAAAGCUGUAGGCAAACUUCAUCUGCAUCAUGCACAAAAGAUUAUACAAGCAACCCUUCAGGAGAUUCUGAUAGAAUCCACAUCUCACUCCGAAGCCCCAACUCUGAGUCCAAGAAUGAGAAAGGCUGGAGGAGGCAACGGAUUUCUACCACAAGAGAGCGAAAGGCAGCAACUACUCUUGGCUUAAUUUUAGGUGCCUUUGUCAUCUGCUGGCUGCCCUUCUUUGUGAAGGAAGUGGUUGUUAAUACCUGUGAAAGUUGUCAGAUAUCACCAGAAAUGUCUAAUUUUCUGGCAUGGCUGGGAUAUAUCAAUUCUCUUGUUAAUCCAUUGAUUUAUACAAUUUUCAAUGAAGACUUCAAGAAAGCUUUCCAGAAACUUAUUCAAUGCAGGAGCUAUCUCUGAAACAAGUGUACUCCUUGAACAACUUAAAAGCUGCUGUUUGAAAAAAGAAUUCUGUGAUGGAUUAAUGGUUUUGCCAAUAGUGGAAUAAUACCCAACUAUAGUGGAUACUCAGAAUCUAUAGAGAUCCAGGGCAACCCAGAAGGUUUCAGGGACAUUGUAUGCAUUGUAUAUACACAAAUCACACCAAUGCUCUAAUAUGGUGACCAGCACAACACGACGUGUUGGACGCCCAAGUUCUACACUGCCUAUAAUAUUUCUGAAGCCUUUAUUUUAUUUUAAAAGCAUGUAAUCCUUUUUUGUCCCAAAUGGAACCUAAACCAGCUUUUUAGAAGACUUUUCAGAAAAGCUAGAACAUGUUUGUUUUAAUAAAUUCUAAUGGGAGAACCCAGUCUCUGGAAUCUCAGAUUCUGUAGUGUAAGGCAGCCAUUUAGGGGAAAUCUGGGCAAAAAUAUUCCAGCUUCAUCCAAUUGUAUGUCUGUAUGUCUGUAUGUCUGUAUGUGCGUGUGUUUGUUUGUUUGUUUAUUACUUUCAACAACUGUGUUUAAGAAAUGCAUUGACAUCCAAAUCUAGCUUACUCGGUUUUUAUCAUUAGCAUCUUACAGCGAAUGUGAUCCACAUGCUAAGAUGUGGUCUUUAGUCAUUAUAUUUGUCAGAGACAAGAAGAAUUACAACACAGGAAGGUUUUAUCAGAUGAGUGGAGGGGUUUAAGCACAUUCAUGUUUCCUAAGUGGUUCUGCAAGAAUGUAGUUUCAUGUGUUCUUGCUUGGCAGAUGUUGCAUACAACAAGGAACACAGGAACUGUUCUGAGCAAAAGCAGAUGUCUGUUUUCUGGGAUGUCUUAAAUUUAGGAAAAUACAUACAUGAUCUGUCACUUACUAAUUGAAGUAUUACUAUAAAGAUUAA